CUAAGGCACAAUGAUUUCCAAAAAGCUGUCACUACUAUUAUCACUUUUCUGCGUUUUGCUGCCAUUAGUCACACCCAUAAGGGUAUCCACAAGCUAUGGAGAGGUGGAAGGGCUUGAGGAAUCGUACCCGAAUUCUUCUUUCAUAUACAAGUCAGUUAGCAAAUUCCUUGGAAUACCUUUCGCCGCUCCACCAGUUGGGGACCUAAGAAUGAAACCACCUAAAGAGCCAGCUUCAUGGAAACCAAAUGUUCGUCAAGCUAAACAGCACGGCAAUAUUUGCAUCCAAAAUAAGAUCUCUGAAUUUUAUGUGCGGAUGUUUACUCAAAAUUUUUCGUACGACGAAGAUUGUUUAUAUCUCGAUGUCUACACCCCGAACGUAAGCCAGCUUCUACCCGUGAUGGUUUACAUUCAUGGAGGAGCUUAUCAAUAUGGAAGUGCAAUAACAUAUCGCGGCGAUUAUUUAGCUUUGCACGGCGUGGUAGUAGUUGUAAUCCAAUACCGUCUCGGUGCAUUUGGCUUUUUGACGACCGGGGAUUCCACUGCCCCUGGGAAUUAUGGAAUGUUGGAUCAAGUGGCGGCACUUCAGUGGGUCAAAGGAAACAUAAAAAAUUUUGGCGGGGACUCCGGUAAGGUGACUAUCUUUGGAUUUAGCGCUGGUGGAACAAGUGUCAGCCUCCAUCUAUUGUCCCCAGUUUCUAACGGCCUCUUCCAACAAGCCAUUGCAGAGAGCGGAGUGGAUUUGAGUCCCUUUGCAAUUCAGCCGACUUCCUUUGGUCUCCACUUUGCCAAUAAGCUUGCUGAAAACCUGAAUUGUCCAACGAGCGACCACAGCAAAAUGAUGGCCUGCAUUCGUCAGAAAGAGGCAAAAGAGAUACAAGACGCCUCCAAUAAAAUACCGUUUAAAUUUCAGGAUUAUCGGCGCUGGGCCCCAGUUGUGGAUAAAAACUUUCUUCAUGACACCCCCCGAAGUCUUCGAAAUAAAGGAGAGUUUAAGAAAGCCAAGUUAAUGAUUGUUUUUACCAGUGGGGAGGGUGGAGCUGACAUGGCAUUUAUUGCAAAUCGGUCUUAUGGGAUGGUGGAAAGUGUAGACAACGGAGUGAGUCCAUCUUUCUUUAGGGAAUUUCUAACAAAGUUCGCGUAUGCGCGAAAUAUCAGAGAGCAGAAGGGCGACCUUAUAAGGGAUGCAUUGCAGUUUAUGUAUACCCCAUGGCCCGACAGAAGUGAUAAGUACGCACUAAGAACCCAGCUUGUUGACCUCAUCGGUGACUAUUUCUACUACGCCCCAAGUCACGCAGUUGCCGACAUUCACAGCAACUAUGCCGAUGUUUAUAUGUACAUGUUUGAUUAUCAGCAAAGAAUACGCCCCUUUCACAAGGUGUGGCACGGGGUAAGACAUGGCGAUAAUGUCGGCUUCGAUUUUGGAAACCCGUUUAUGCCUCGUUUUGCGAAUUUGUUUCCGGACCAGUCGGACAAAGACGUCAGUUUGUUUAUCAUGACAUUGCACACAAACUUUGCCAAGCUCGGAAAUCCAACGCCCCAGCCAGUCAGCGGUGUUACGUUUGAGAGGUACAACUCCAGUCACAGGGCCUAUCUCCGGGUGGAUAAAAAAUCCGAGAUGACGACUUCAUUUGCUCCUCGCCGGAUGUCGUUCUGGAACGAUUAUUAUCCAAAGCUUAUGGAAGUCCAGUUUGAAAAAGAGACAGUGGUAUAA